ACAGCUGGACAGAGAAUGGUGCAGAGACUCAGCAGCACCCGGGCCUCGGGGCUGGACACAUUCAUACGGGACCACCUCCUUCCUAAUACAGACUUUCGGACUAAGGUCAACAAAGACAUCCGCACCAUAAGUGAUUUCCUGAUGGACAACUGUUUCCAAGUGAGGGUCUCCAAAGUGGUGAAGGGCAGCUCCUCAGGUAAAGACACUAAGCUGAGGGGCAGGUCGGAUGCUGAGCUUGUGGUCUUUGUGAAAAAUCUCACUGCGGAGGACAUUUCCACCACACCGGAGUCUGCAUCACCACCCACCCGAGAGGCAGGGGAGAACCAGGAAUCCCAACAUCUCACCGGCUUUGAGGAUCAGUUGAAACAAUGGGGAGAGUUCAUCAAGGAAAUUAAGAAGCAGCUGCACAACUUACGACGUGAGAGACAAGUUAAACUGGAGUUUGUGAUUAAGAGUGAACGAUGGUCCAACUCUUUGGCUCUCAACUUCAGGCUGAGUUACCCCAAGCUCCAGCAGAAGAUGGAGUUUGAUGUGCUGUUCGCCUAUGAUGUCCUGGGUGAUGUCAGCACUAACGGGAAACCUGGCCCCCAAAUCUACAAAAGCCUCAUUGAGAAGUGCACCUCCCUGGGGCUGGAGGGUGAGUUCUCCACCUGCUUUGCCGAGCUCCAGAGAAACUUCUUGAAGGAUCGUCCACUCAAGCUGAAGAAUCUCAUCCGCCUGGUCAAACACUGGUACCAACUGUGUAAGGAGAAGCUGAGGAAGCUGCUGCCCCCACAGUAUGCCCUGGAGUUGCUCACAGUCUAUGCCUGGGAAAGUGGGAGUGGAGACACUGAGUUCAUCACAGCCCAGGGCUUCCGGACAGUCUUGGAACUGGUCACCCAGUACAGGCAGCUUCAAAUCUACUGGACAACGUAUUAUGACUUUCAAGAUCAAGACAUCUCCAAAUACCUGCACAGCCAGCUCCGAAGAGCCAGGCCUGUGAUCCUGGACCCGGCUGACCCAACAAGGAAUGUGGCUGGUUCCAACUCAGCGGGAUGGUGGCUGCUGGCAGAAGAAGCUGUGGCCUGGCUGGAUUACUCAUGUGUUAAGGAUUGUGAUAUGUCCCUAGUGCGCUCCUGGGCUGUAUCGACAUUUUAG